CCAGCUCAACUUAAUCACCACAAACUCGUCAAGGGGGAUGUCUUUCAAAUAAGUUUACAAAGCUGAGGCAUUGACCCAAGUUCUACAACUUUCAACUCACUUAACUUUUUGCUCACUUUUAAGCGGAUUUGAAAUCUUUAAAGAUCUCUUGUUUGAGGAUAAGUGGUGCUCGAUACUUUUUUAGAGGAGACAAGCGCGUGUUGAAACAUCCAACAUUGGAUUACAGUUUCUGUUUAUCGUCUUUCAGUUGAGAAAACCCGACUCGUGAUGGGUGUCCUGUCACUUAGGUUACUAAUAGUAGGAGUUGUAGUAAGUCUGACUUCAGCCGAUCUGGCUGGUGAAAGAAUAGACAAGGAAGACCUAUUGAAAAGACGUUUGAAAGAGUAUGGUCUGAUUACCCCCAUAAGCACCGAUGCAGAGGGACACUACCUCUCACAUCUCCUCUCAGCCAAUCACAAGCAGCGUGUGAAGCGCGAGGUUUUGGAAGGGUCAACUCAAGCAGUAGAGAAGCUGUUCUUUAACAUCACUGUCUUUGGCAAGGAAUUCCACCUCCGACUACAUCCCAACCACCGACUAGUAGCUCCAGGAGCCAUGGUGGACUGGCAUGAUGACAUUGAACCUGGAAACGUGACUCAGAACGGAGCCCACUCGGAGAGAAUACUAAGAAGGGAGUUUCUGAAAACAGACUGUAUAUUUAUUGGGGACAUCGCAGAUGUGCCUGGAGCCUCUGUCGCCAUUAACAACUGUGAUGGGCUGGCUGGAAUGAUUCGUACCGAUUCUGAUGAAUAUUUCAUUGAACCUUUGGUGCGAGGAACACAAGAACACGAGGAGAGAGGAAGAGUGCAUGUGGUGUACCGAAGGUCUGCAGUAUUGCAAGCUCUUUCAGACAUCUCCAUGGAUUACCAGCCGAACGAGCCUGAAUUGAAUGUGCCAAGAGUGCUGUACAAUGUUGCUAAACAAGUCAACCGGACUGCCAGGAGACGAAGACAUGCUGGUGAUGAUGGCUACAACAUUGAGGUUCUACUUGGAGUAGAUGAUUCUGUUGUCCGUUUCCAUGGGAAAGAGCAUGUGCAGAACUAUCUUCUCACCCUUAUGAACAUUGUGAAUGAGAUCUACCAUGAUGAGUCAUUAGGUGUUCACAUUAAUGUGGUCCUCGUGAGGAUGAUCAUGCUCGGCUAUGCUAAGUCAAUCAGUCUCAUUGAGCGUGGCAACCCUUCACGAAGCCUGGAGAACGUGUGCCGCUGGGCCUUCGUCCAGCAGAAAGAAGAUCCAGAACACUCUGAGUAUCACGACCAUGCCAUCUUCCUGACCCGGCAAGGCUUUGGCCCCACCGGCAUGCAGGGAUAUGCCCCUGUCACCGGGAUGUGCCACCCCGUCCGCAGCUGCACCCUCAAUCAUGAAGACGGUUUCUCCUCUGCCUUUGUAGUAGCACACGAGACAGGACAUGUUCUGGGAAUGGAGCAUGAUGGUCAGGGCAACCGCUGUGGUGAUGAGACAGCCAUGGGAAGUGUGAUGGCCCCUCUGGUGCAAGCAGCCUUCCACCGUUAUCACUGGUCUAUAUGCAGUGGACAAGAACUAAAAAGAUACAUCCACUCAUAUGAUUGCCUCCUGGACGACCCCUUCAAACAUGACUGGCCCCAGCUUCCUGAACUUCCUGGCAUCAGUUACUCCAUGGAUGAGCAGUGUCGAUUCGAUUUUGGAGUUGGAUACAAAAUAUGUACUUCAUUUCGCACAUUUGAUCCAUGCAAGCAGCUGUGGUGCAGUCAUCCAGAUAACCCUUACUUCUGCAAGACAAAAAAGGGGCCUCCAUUGGAUGGAACAGAAUGUGCACCUGGGAAGUGGUGUUACAAAGGUCACUGCAUGUGGAAGAACACCAACCAAGUGAAGCAAGAUGGAGCCUGGGGUGCCUGGAGCAAGUAUAGUUCCUGCUCUCGCUCCUGUGGAACAGGCGUGCGUUUCAAAACCCGCCAGUGCAACAACCCAGUUCCAUCUCAUGGUGGUCAAGACUGCCCAGGGGUGAACUAUGAGUACCAGCUGUGUAACACAGAUGAUUGCCCUAAACACUUUGAGGACUUCAGAGCUCAACAGUGUCAACUUCGCAACUCACACUUUGAAUACCAGAAUGCCAAACACCACUGGCUUCCCUACGAGCACCCAGACGCCAACAAAAGGUGUCACCUAUAUUGCCAGUCAAAAGAAACAGGUGACGUGGCUUACAUUAAGCAGCUGGCACAUGAUGGAACAAGGUGCUCUUACAAAGACCCGUAUAGCAUCUGUGUGCGUGGAGAGUGUGUGAAAGUGGGCUGUGACAGGGAAAUUGGUUCCAGUAAGGUGGAGGAUAAGUGUGGUGUGUGUGGGGGUGACAGCUCCCACUGCCGAACCGUGAAAGGAACCUUCACCCGAACACCCAAGAAAGCUGGUUACCUAAAGAUGUUUCUCAUUCCCCCUGGGGCUAGACAUGUGAUCAUCCAAGAGCAUGAGGCUUCUCCUCAAAUUCUUGCUAUCAAGAACCAGGCAACAGGACAUUACAUUCUAAAUGGCAAAGGGGACGAGGCAAGGUCUCGGCGCUUCAUUGAUAUGGGAGUGGAGUGGGACUACCUCAUUGAGGACGAUGCCGAGACUCUCCACACUGAUGGUCCAUUACAUGAUGCACUUGUUGUUCUGAUUAUACCUAAGGACAAUGAGACAAGGUCCACGCUUAUGUACAAAUACAUCAUUCAUGAAGACUCAGUGCCUAUAAACAACAAUAAUGUAAUUCAGGAGGACACGUAUGAGUGGGCAUUGAAGAGCUGGUCCCAAUGUUCAAGACCUUGUGCUGGAGGAUUCCAGUACACCAAAUAUGGGUGCCGUAAAAAAGGUGACAACAAAGUGGUGCACAGAGGCUACUGUGACAUUAGCAAGAAACCCAAACCUAUUCGCAGAAUGUGUAACUUGCAGGACUGUACACAACCACAAUGGAUCACAGAGGAGUGGGAGCACUGUACUAAAACUUGUGGGAGUUUGGGGUACCAGAUCCGCACCGUACGCUGUGUGCAGUUCCUUCAUGAAGGCACAAACCGCUCCAUCCAUAGCAAGUACUGCAGUGGAGAAAAGCCUGAGAUCAGGAGACCAUGCAACAGAGUGCCCUGCCCAGCCCAAUGGAGGACCGGGGCUUGGUCAGAGUGCUCAGUGACUUGUGGAGAGGGUGUGGCACAUCGCCUGGUCACAUGUCGCAUUGGCGAUCAUUGCACAGGCGAGAAGCCAGAGUCCCAGAGACCCUGCAAACCAGGACCCUGCCAUGAUGAGCCAUGUGGAGGAGACAAGUCUAUAUUCUGUCAAAUGGAGGUUCUAGCUCGUUACUGCUCUAUACCAGGCUACAACAAGCUCUGUUGUGAAUCCUGCAGUAAGAGAAGUGGCACAUUUGCUCCUCUUCUGCACGAAGCUACUGAGACGAUGGAGGAAGUUCACUUCAGUUCAGCCUCCCAACUUCUGGAGACACUCUCAACAUCAGUUAGUGAAACUCUGAAAGUUCCUUACCAGAACCAGCGGGGAUCCAAGUCACAAAGCCGACUUAUAAAGCAGACUCCCACACCCCCACCUCGUAAAGCCAAUACUGAGAACAGCAAGACUCAAAAACACCUCAAACCUGGUGCUAGGAACCUGCCUGCAACGUUGAUGCUUAGCCAAUGGAAUGAGAAAGCCGCUAAAGACACACCUUGGCAGUUGGAAAAUUUCCAGGAGAGUCAGUGGCCAACAGCAUUAUCUGAGUCCUCGUGGUGGCGUAGUGACUCGCCUCAAUCCGGGUGCCGGAGGACGAAUCUCAGUUUCCUCCGCGUCUGAGACCAUCAAUCAGCGCAUCUUAUCGUGUGGCUUGUUGAGUGCGUUACCGUGGAGACCUAGCGUGUGUGGAGGCUUCACUCUAUUCUCUGCAGCAUCCAUGCACAACUCACCACACGCCCCACCGAGAGCGAAUCACAUUAUAGUGACCACGAGGAGGUUACCCCAUGUGACUCUAACCUCCCAAGCAACCGGGCCAAUUUGGUUGCUUAGGAGACCUGGUUGGAGUCACUCAGCAUGCCCUGGAUUCGAACUUGCGACUCCAGGGGUGGUAGUCAGCGUCAAUACUUGCCCAUAUAAGUAUUAAUUAAUAUUCUGGCAUACAAAGUCACUUUCAAUUGCAAACUGCUUGCAGUCAUUUCUUUUUGUUUUCAUUUGUACUUUUGUUAGUUAUAAUGGAAGUGUACACUACUGAGGCUGUUUGUUGUAAUGGGGAGCACAUAGCAAUAAAGAACGUAAUAAACAUCACACUGUCUCUUGAGUACACUUUCAGGUUUGCUUUAUUGUUUCAUUAAAGAUUAAUCAAAUUUUUUAUUUGACUUUUUUCACUAUUGUGCCCUUAAAGACCCCAAUUAAGUUUUUAUUAUUAUUAUUAUGUUUUUUUAUUCUUUAAUCAGAAUUGCUUUAUAAUAAUAAUAAUAAUUCCUUACAUUUAUAUAGCGCUUUUCUAGGCACUCAAAGCAUGUUACAUCAUAGCGGGGGAAUCUCCUCAACCACCACCAAAUGCUUGAUCUCCAAAAUGAUACUGUUGUACAAACAUAUAACCUUUCCAAACAUACAAAUAUAACUUAGCAAGCAUUCUGUAUCCUCAGCUAUCCACCACUAUAGCCAGUAAAGUGAUUUGUAAGAAGAGACAGCAUAUGCUAAAAACACAUUUUUAAUAUGCAUGUCAAAUAUUUGUUAAAAGUGCAUUUGUAAUUCUGUUGUGGAAAUUACCCGAAUAUUUACUGUAAAGAGGAUGUGUCCUUCGCAUGCCUUUCACAUGUGAAAAUAUCAACAGAGAUGCCCAAUUACACCGUUCAUAUGAAACAUUAAUAAAUCCCACAUGGUUUUCACUACAAAGCUUUUAAUUGGAUCAAAUGUACAGUAUGCUGUAUAAGGAUAUGUUUGUUUGAGCAUUGAGGCCCACUUUAAUUCAGUCUAUUCUUAGUUUGUGCCUUUGUCUUCAUCACA